GGAGCUUCUGAAGAUGCAGUGCCAGGAGUGGUAGUGUCGGCCCCUCAUUAUCACUAUUACAAUCCCUGUAGAAGCUGGAAGUUGGCCUUGGGGAGUUGGGGGUGGGAUCUUGGCCAGCAGAGCCGCUGCCCACACCUUAGAUAUACCAUUCAGCUUUCAGAGGUCGACGCUUGUUCACCAGGAGCUUGUUCCUAUAUUGACCUCCUCCCCCACGUGUCGGUGCGCUUUUCGUGUCGCGGAACUCGGAAGCUCGGGCGUCGGAGCUCUUUGCUUUCACAGGGUUUUGGAGAUCCGGGUCAUGUAACUCGUGCCACGGCUGGCAUUAUCAUGCUGUUUGACAAACGUGUCUUCGACGCGUGGAGUCGCCACGGCACUGUAAGCAAAGCUUGCGUUAAUUAGGUCGCUUCGCCAAGGCACUCCCAGUACCUUCAUAGCAUGCAAGAGAGGGGUGCAGCAUCGGCGCAAGUGAGUCAAGUUUAAACUUUACAAUGUGAUGAGCUGAGCGUUGUCACCGCUAGGGUCGCAGACUCAAAGAAAUGAUCUAGUUUACCAGGCGUUGGCAUCGCUAUCCUGCUUUUCAUGAUUUAUCUAGCGAAUCUCGACCGCCUCUGCAGUUGAUGAUUCGAAUAAUAGCCCAAACCCUUCCAGAAGUGGAGGCGUUCGGUGGAUCUGUGGCUUGCACGUGCAGGUUCAAGGAUCCAGUUGUAUUAUUCCCGGCUGUGCGCCUCAGUGACGCCGUAAUCCCGAAGCGGUACGCUAUGGGAGUCCCGGUCAUGCCAGGUGGAAACCCCGCUUGAGGCUGAACACUGGUCUCUCUUGUCUCUUGGUUGGUGCUUCAGCGCAUGCUUCCGCGGCUAUCUGUAGGUAGCUUGACGCUGAUUGCGCCGCGGAUGACAAUCUUAAAUGCAACUUCUAAUCAUCGCGUUCAUUCUCAGGCUAUCGGAGUACGGCCUGCCCUUCAAACCCGGCUGAGUUUUCAGUGCUACAAAGUGAAUUGGACACGAAGGAUACUGUAGUGCCUAGACGCGAAGUGCGAUGAUAUUUGCAGUGCCGACAUUCCGAAACUUCUUAUGGCGUGGAUAGAAGUACCUGGGAUAUCGAACACCAAAGAAGCGGUUAAACCAGAUGUCAGUGGCCCAAGUCCUAAGGAGCGCCAAUGGCCACCAAGAAUUUUUUCCGAGUGCAGACGCUGAUUACGUGAGGGUGCUCGCUAGUCAUUCGAGACUGGAUGUACACUCGCUAGUACUGCAUGGGGAGGGGGACAGCAUAGCUAACCAAACUCUUAAGUUACUAAAUGAGCGCCGAUGUACCCCUUGCGGACAUUGGAACGGUUUCUCAGGUGGACUCAUGCAACUGCGCGACCUUUUGCUCGAAACUGCACAACUUAUUUCCCAAUGUGACUGGGAUCGCGCUCGACCCCUCCUUCAAUUGCUGAGUCGACGCGUCUCGACAACUGGGGACUCCUCCGAGCGCGUCGCCUCUUGCUUCUUCGAAGCCCUUGCCACCCGCUUCUCUAGAGUGUCAGGCAUCCAGAUCAACGAGCUGUUACCAUCGCGGAUACAAGGGCCCAGCAACCAGGAGAUGAUCUCUGCAUACUUGGCUCUUAAUCAAGUCACGCCUUUCAUGCGUUUCGCACAUUUAACCGCAAACCAAGCCCUACUAGAAGCUCUCACUGGGGAGAAUUUUGUGCACAUUGUGGACUUGGAGAUAGGACACGGCAUCCAGUGGCCGCUGUUCAUGCAAGCUCUGGCCGAUCUGCGAGGCGAAGAGGGGUACACCAUACAGCACCUGCGUAUCACUGGGGUAGGGCAGGACAGAGAUGUGUUGAACCGGACGGGAAUACGGCUUGCGGAAUUCGCUCAGUCCAUCAAUCUUCCAUUCGAAUUUUCUCCACUAGUACAAAUUUCGGAGCAUCUAGUUCCGAGAAUGCUCGGCUUAAGAGUCGGCGAAGCUGUUGCUAUCAAUUGCAUGCUCCAGCUGCACAGGUUGCUUGCGAAGGGCCCUGAAAAGCUAAUUUCUUUCUUGUGCAUGUUGGAAUCUUUAACUCCUAAAGUAGUCACUCUUGCUGAGCUUGAAGCAAGCCACAAUCAACCUCAUUUCCUGGACCGGUUCGCUGAGGCUCUCAACCACUACUCCACUCUAUUCGACAGCUUGGAUGCGACGUUGCCUCCCACCAGCGCUGAUCGAAUAAGGGUGGAACAGACGUGGUGUAAAAUGGAGAUUGUCAAUAUUGUGGCUUGCGACGGGGCAGAGCGCAUAGUAAGACACCAGCGCUUUGAGCUGUGGCGUAGAUAUUUCCAUAGAGCUGGGUUUCAGUUGCUGUCGACGAGCCGGUUUGCGACCUCUCAAGCCAGAUUACUUCUACGACUUCAUUACCCUUGCGACGAUUAUCAGCUUCUGGAGAACGUCGACGACGGGUGUUUAUUGUUGGGCUGGCAAGAUCAUCCGCUAUUUUGUGUCUCUUCUUGGAAUACGAAUAACAUGUGAGCCACUCAUAUCGACAUGAAGUUCGAUGGACUGGCGGUUUUAACUCCAGUUUUGACCCCAAUAUAAGGAGGAUAUUUCUGGCUCAAUUAAAUUUUAAGGAGCUGUUACAGUAGGUGUUACAUGUAGCGUAGUGUAGAAACGCCUGGUUCAUUUACCUGGUGGGCUCAAGGUUGACAAUUUGGAUCGUCCGGCAGUUAGACUCAGGAAUGCCUCCAGAAGACUGAAUAGUUCUUGCAACAGGAGGUGCAUAAAUUUCAUUCUUUUAUUUGAUGCUUCAGCUCCAUCAAUUUGCCUCUCAUCUUUUAUGAAUUUGAUGGUGGGAUGUAAAAGCUGAAGUUGGAAGUUGUGUAUCUACAGAAUCUGAUGUCAAGGAUGUUAUUCCAAUAACAGAAUGUGGUAGCUCGCUGCAUUAUUCUGCAUC